AUGGAUAAAAUUGGUGCUGAUCCAGAAAAAGCAGUAAAAACAAUAAUUGAUAGAUUAGGUGGUAAUCCAUGUCCUAUUCAAGUUGCAAUUGGUGCUGAAUCAGAUUUUAAAGGAAUUGUUGAUUUAAUGACAAUGAAAGCAUAUUUUUAUGAUGGUGGUCCACAUGAAAUUGCAGAUAUUAAAGAAAUUCCUGAAGAAUUAAAAGAAAAAUAUAAACAAAUUUUUAAUAAACUUCAAUUUGAAGCAGGUGUUCAUAGAGUUCAAAGGGUACCAAAAACUGAAACACAAGGAAGAGUACACACUUCAACAGUUACAGUUGCUAUUUUAAAAGAAAGAAAUGAAACAGAAGUUAAAAUAAAUCCUGAUGAAAUAAGAAUUGAUACAUUUAGAAGUAGUGGAGCUGGUGGUCAACAUGUUAAUACAACAAAUUCUGCAAUACGUAUAACUCAUUUAAAAACUGGAAUUGUUGUUUCUUGUCAAGAUGGGCGUUCGCAACAUGAUAAUAAAGAUAAAGCUUUAAAAGUAUUAAGAAGUCGUUUAUAUAAUUAUUAUGAAUCAAAAGCAAGUAAAGAAUUUAGUGAAAAAAGAAGUAAACAAGUAGGAACAGGAAUGAGAUCUGAAAAAAUUAGAACUUAUAAUUUUCCACAAAAUAGAGUUACUGAUCAUAGAAUUAAUUAUUCAUAUAAAAAUAUUGAAAAAGUUAUGCAAGGUGAUUUUGAACCAUUUUGA